AUGGGUAAUACAACAUCGGAAGUCUCUUCUGGCGUUAAAGCUCAAAUUAAUUCAGGUGGACAAGGGCCUGAACUUUAUCGUUUCGUUGAUAUGACAGGUGGUGGUGAAUUUAUUGAAGUUAUGCGCGUUGCAAAUCGAACAAAAGAUUAUACACAAAUUGAUGCAAUGAUACGUGAACAUAUCCCACGAUUUCUAUAUAAUGAAGGCGAAGGAAAAUUGGUCACGAUUAGUGAAAUUGUUCGACGACGAAAUAAUACAUUUAGUAAAGUCAAAAGUAUUGUUUCAACAGCUAAACCAAAUGAAGGAGAUCCAGCACAUGGCGAAGAAACCAAACGUGUAUGUUGGGAUCUUGAUCAACGUGGCGGUGUCGGCGAACAAAUACUCCAUGUGUGUUAUCUAUCAUCAAGCCCUGUUCAUACAGCUUUAGCUAAAAGAUUGUUAAGACAUUAUCCAAAAAUGAUUGAUGAUUUGUAUAUGGGCGAUGAAUAUUAUGGUGAAAAUGUUCUUCAUAUUGCAAUUGUCAAUGAAGAACCAGCAACUGUUAAAUUCUUAUUGGACGCUGGUGUUGAUUUUACACAACGUUGUUGUGGAAAAUUCUUUUGUCCAGAGGAUCAAAAAUCCAGUCGAGUGGAUAACGUAACUAAAGAAUGUCCAGAUGUAAGUGUACCGACUGAUUAUGAAGGCUAUUGUUAUUUCGGUGAAUAUCCACUUUCAUUUGCGGCUGUUUUACAACAAGAAGAAUCUGCAAGAUUAUUAAUUGCUAAAGGAGCCAAUACAAAUUGUCAAGAUUCGAAUGGAAAUACUGCUUUACAUAUGUGCGUUAUCUAUAAUCGAAUUCCUAUGGUAGACUUACUUUAUGAAUUAGGUGCAUCUUUGGAUAUUAAAAAUCGUCAAGAUUUAACUCCGUUGACAUUGGCUGCUGUUAAAGCUCAUAAAGAUAUGUUUGAUCAUAUUCUACAGAAAACACGUACGAUCUAUUGGCAAUAUGGAAAUGUAACAUGUGCAGGUUACCCAUUAGAUGAUAUUGAUACAAUUGGAAAAGAUGGAUCAUUGAAUGAUACUAGUGCACUUAGUAUCAUUGUACGAGGGGAAUCUGCCGGUCAUUUAGACAUGAUGGAUGGCUUAAUUGUUCAGUUAUUAAAUGAAAAAUGGCGUACAUUUAUAAAAUUCAAAUUUUUCCAACGUAUGGGUAUAUUUGCAUUUUACUUUGCUAUUUGUUUCCUUGCAUUAGUUGUUCGUGGUUAUUAUCGUGUUCCACAAUCAUGUAUUAUUAAAGAUCCAAUCGAUAAAGAAGAGGAUAAAUGGAAAUCAAUCAUAGCUGAUCGUCCUGAAUGUAAAUGUCAUUAUACAAAUUUUUUUUGGCAAUUGGCUUUAUUUGAUAGCAAUAAUGUAACAAAUUUCAAUAGUAGUACAAAAUAUGUUUCGAAUAGGAAACGUCAUUUUGACCUAUUAGGACUGGCUCUGAAUUUUCUUGAUGGACUAAGUAUUCUCGGUUCAUUGCUUUAUCUCAUCAUAACUGUACGCGAAUUUUCUUAUCAACAUUUUAAAUUAGACUAUUUUAUUUAUGUUAAUGAUCCCACAAGAAUUUUAUUUCUUUUUUCUUGUAUACUAACAUUGGCAAUGAUACCAGCGAGGAUUACAUGUUCGAUUGCUGUUGAUGAUAUACUUUGUACUUAUGCUAUACUCAGUCGAGCACCAUAUUUUUUCUUUUUUUGCCGUGGUUUUCGUACGACUGGUCCAUUUGUUGUUAUGAUAUAUACGAUGAUUCGGGGUGAUUUACUACGUUUUUGUUUAAUAUUUUUUGUAUUCAUGGUUGGAUUUUCUCAAGCAUUGCAUGUUCUUUUCGUAAGAAUUGAAUGUGAAAAUGAUUUUGCAACAGUUAUUAAAACAUUUUUUCGAAUGUUUUGUGUUACACUUCAACAAAUAGCUGAUGCAUAUAAAAAUUUUUAUUUACAUCCAAAUAUGGGUAUUCAAGUCAUUGGAAAAAUUUGUUUCGUAACUUAUAUUGUAACAGCUGCUGUACUCCUUGUUAAUAUGCUUAUUGCUAUGAUGGGUAACACAUAUGCUAUGGUAAAUGAACGAAAAAAAGAAUGGCUUCGACAAUGGGCAAAAAUUAUGUUGAUUGUUGAACAAUCUGUGUCACGUGAAGAACGUUUAGCACAACAAUCAAACUAUUCAAAAAGAAUGCCUGAUGGUUCAAGAGUUUUAGUCACAAGAUUAAUUCAAACUCCUGAUGAACGACUUACUAUUGAAAAUAUGCGUGCUGAUUAUUAUUAUCAACUUCAACGACAUUUAGAACCUGAAAAUGUAUCAAUACAUUCAAAAACAAAAACAAAUGCACCUAGUGCACAUCAGAAUUCAUCAACACGAGCCAAUGGUGCAGCAAAAGUUAAAAAAGAUUUGCUUCGUAGUCAACAUGCACAAGAAAGUUUUAGUUCAUUUGAUACAACUGCACUUAUUUAA